ACUGUGCUGAAGUGACAUUUAAGAGACGGAGUGUGUAUUGUACACGUAAGCCUUGCAUUCUCUUCACAAAUCUUUUUUUUGAAUAACUGCAUACAAUCUCCAGGCCUUAUUUGAUACUAGAAACAGAAAGAGCUGAGAAAGCAGCCCCAGUUAAAGCAAGAUAUGGCAUCCUCCAGCAGUCUCCUGUCCGAAGAGCAGUUCCUGUGCUCUAUCUGUCUGGAUGUGUUCACUGAUCCUGUAGCCAUUCCAUGUGGACACAACUUCUGCAAGGCCUGUAUCAGAAAGUACUGGGAUACCAUUGACCUGUGCCAGUGUCCAAUGUGUAAAAAAUCAUUUGAUAGGAGACCAGAUCUCUUUGUCAAUACUUUCAUUUCUGAGAUGGCUGCUCAGUUCAGGAAGUCAGUUCAAGUGAAAGCUACCAGAGGCCCAGACCAUUGCCCUACUGAGCUUAGAGGAGUGGCCUGUGACGUCUGCACUGGGACGAAGCACAAGGCCCUAAAGUCUUGCCUGGUGUGUCUGGCCUCUUACUGUGAGACUCACCUGGAGGCUCAUCAGAUCGCCCCAGCCCUGAAGAAACACAAGCUGAUCGACCCUGUGGAGAACCUGGAAGACAGGGUGUGUAAGGAGCAUGACAAACUCCUGGAGAUGUUCUGUAGGACUGACCAGACGUGUGUUUGUGUCUUCUGUAUAAAAACAGACCACAAGACUCACUACACCGUCCCUCUAAAGGAAGAGUAUGGAAAGAAGAAAGCCCAGCUGGGGAAGACAGAGGUAGAAGUGCAGCAGAUGAUCCAGAAGCAACUGCAGAAGGUUAAGGACAUCAAAUGCUCAAUAGCUCUCUGCAAGAUAGACGCAGAGAGCGAGAUAGCAGGCAGCGUGCAGGUCUUCACUGCCCUGGUGCGCUCCAUUGAGAGAAGCCAGGCUGAUUUCAUUGAGGUGGUCGAGGAGAAGCUGAAAGCAGCAGAGAAGCAGGCUGAAGGCCUCAUUAAAGAGCUGGAGGAGGAAAUCACUGAGCUACAGAGGAGAUGCACUGAGCUGGAGCAGCUGUCACACACUGAGGACCACCUCCACCUCCUCCAGAGCUCCGCAUCCCUCUUCAGCCUUCCUCCCACCAAGGACUGGUCUAAGAUAAGUGUUCCCAGUGAUCAGGGUGUGGGCACUCUGAGGAGAGCAGUGUCUCAGCUGGAGGAGAUACUCAUUAGUGAAGUGAAGAAGUUGUGUGAUGCUGAGCUGAAAAGGAUUCAGCUGUAUGCAGUGGAUGUGACUCUGGACCCUGAUACAGCAAACCGGUAUCUCAUCUUGUCUAAGGACAGGAAACAAGUGAGACAGUCCAACACACCAAACAAUCACAGUGACAACCCAAAUAGGUUUUCCCAGUGUUCCAGUGUGCUGGGAAAGGAGGGCUUCUCCUUGGGGAGAUUCUACUAUGAGGUACAAGUGAAAGGGGAUAGCUGGGAUUUAGGAAUGGCCGGAGAGUCCAGCAACAGGAAGGGGGACAUUGUUCUGAGCCCUCUUGAUUUAUACUGGGCUGUUGUGCUGAGGAAUGGGAACGAGUAUGACGCUAAUGAAGACUCUGCUGUCCACCUCUUCCUGAGAGAGAAGCCCCAGAAGGUGGGGGUGUUUGUGGAUUAUGAGGAGGGUCAGGUCUCUUUUUAUGAUGUGGAGGCCCGGUCUCAUAUCUACUCUUUCACUGGCUGCACCUUCACUGAGAAACUCUAUCCAUACUUCAGUCCUUAUUUUUCCAAACGUGGUCAAAACUCUAUCCCUCUGAUCAUAUGUCCUGUCGAAUACACAGACUGAGUUGCAACCUCCAAGUCUAACUUGGGGAAUCCGAUCUGUUGUCACAAAGGGACAAUCAAUAUGUUUACCAAUACUGUCACUGUGAUAUUUGAUUUGUUUCCAACUUAUUGUGAAAACAAUGGCCUUACGAUGUACUGUAGACAUUUUAAAACAUGCCGGAGCAGCUCUCACGUAGUGAGGUCCCCACCCACCUCCUCCAGAGCUUCCCAUCCCUCUACAGUCUUUCUCCCAUCAAGGACUGGUCUGAGAUCAGGGUUCACAGCAGUCUGGGUGUGGGAAACCCGUCUUAUAGUCUCCCUGACAAAGAGGUUUGACCCAGCUGCCUGUGUCCUGGGAAAUAAGGACUUCUCCUCUGGUGAAUGGGCUUAACUGGGAUUUAGGAGUGGUCAGAGAGUCCACAAACAGGAAGGGAUACCUAACAACAAGUCCUAAGGAUGGAUAUUGGACCAAAUAUAUUUAUAUAGCCCUUCGUACAUCAGCUGAUAUCUCAAAGUGUUGUAUAGAAACCCAGCCUAAAACCCCAAACAGCAAGAAAUGCAGAUGUAGAAGCACGGUGGCUAGGAAACACUCCCUAGAAAGGCCAAAACCUAGGAAGAAACCUAGAGAGGAACCAGGCUAUGAGGGGUGGCCAGUCCUCUUCUGGCUGUGCCGGGUGGAGAUUAUAACAGAACAUGGCCAAGAUGUUCAAAUGUUCAUAAAUUACCAGCAGAGUCAAAUAUUAAUAAUCACAGGCAGAACAGUUGAAACUGGAGCAGCAGCACGGCCAGGUGGACUGGGGACAGCAAGGAGUCAUCAUGCCAGGUAGUCCUGAGGCAUGGUCCUGGGGCUCAGGUCCUCUGAGAGAGAGAAAGAAAGAGAGAGAGAAUUAGAGAGAGCAUACUUAAGUUCACACCGGAUAGACAGGAGAAGUAAUCCAGAUAUAACAAACUGACCCUAGCCCCCCGACACAUAAACUACUGCAGCAUAAAUACUGGAGGCUGAGACAGGAGGGGUCAGGAGACACUAUGGUCCCAUCCGAUGAUACCCCCGGACAGGGCCAAACAGGAAGGAUAUAACCCCACCCACUUUGCCAAAGCACAGCCCCCACACCACUAGAGGGAUAUCUUCAACCACCAACUUACCAUCCUGAGACAAGGCGGAGUAUAGCCCACAAAGAUCUCCGCCACGGCACAACCCAAGGGGGGGUGCCAACCCAGACAGGAAGAUCACAUCAGUGACUCAACCCACUCAAGUGACGCACCCCUCCUAGGGACAGCAUGAAAGAGCACCAGUAAGCCAGUGACUCAGCCCCUGUAAUAGGGUUAGAGGCAGAGAAUCCCAGUGGAAAGAGGGAAACCGGCCAGGCAGAGACAGCGAGGGCGGUUCGUUGCUCCAGAGCCUUUCCGUUCACCUUCACACUCCUGGGCCAGACUACACUCAAUCAUAUGACCCACUGAAGAGAUGAGUCUUCAGUAAAGACUUAAAGGUUGAGACUGAGUUUGUGUCUCUCACAUGGCUAGGCAGACCAUUUCAUAAAAAUUGAGCUCUAUAGGAGAAAGCCCUGCCUCCAGCUGUUUGCUUAGAAAUUCUAGGGACAAUUAGGAGGCCUGCGUCUUGUGACCGUAGCGUACGUGUGGGUAUGUAUGGCAGGACCAAAUCAGAGAGAUAGGUAGGUGCAAGCCCAUGUAAUGCUUUGUAGGUUAGCAGUAAAACCUUGAAAUCAGCCCUUGCUUUGACAGGAAGCCAGUGUAGUGAGGCUAGCACUGGAGUAAUAUGAUCAAAUCUUUUGGUUCUAGUCAGGAUUCUAGCAGCCGUAUUUAGCACUAACUGAAGUUUAUUUAGUGCUUCAUCCGGGUAGCCGGAAAGUAGAGCAUUGCAGUAGUCUAACCUAGACGUAACUAAAGCAUGGAUACAAUUUUCUGCAUCAUUUUUGGACAGAAAGUUUCCGAUUUUAUUUUUCCUCCUCUGCCUGAGAGAGAGAAGCCCCAGAAGGUGGGAGUGUUUGUGGAUUAUGAGGAGGGUCAGGUCUCUAUUUAUGAUGUGGAGGCCCGGUCUCAUAUCUACUCUUUCACUGGUUGCACCUUCACUGAGAAACUCGAUCUAAAUACGAGUAGUGGUAAAAAAAAACUGUACCUCUGAUCAUUUCUCCUGUCAAUCACACAGACUGAGUUUCAACCUUAAAUUCUAACUCGUGAUAUAAGCCAAUGCUAUCUGCUGUUGUCGCAAGGAAAACCAAUAUGUUCACCAUUACUGUCGCUGUUUAAAUCAUGUAAAAAGUGAUCAUCUAUCGGUCUAUGUGCUUACUGAAGUGUAUACAGUAUACCAUGUUCAUGCAGCCACCCACUACAAGUGUUGGAUAUUAAAGUCAAUUGUCUUCCCUUGAA